CGGAAAUUGAUAUGCGUCUUCGACCCCUUUUGGCUUGAAUCCUCCUCUAGGGUUUUUGGGAUUUGAGGUUACCAUCUGUUUCAUUUUCAGAUCGUAUCACCUGGCGUCGUCAAUUCACUAUAAUUCACUUAAUCCAGCCAUGGAUGCUCGGAAGAGAGGGAGACCUCAAUCUAAUGCCAAUAGCGUUGCAGAGAAAUCCAAGUCAGGUAUGACAAGUCAAAGUAGAAAUUAUCGUGCUUGGACAAAUAUUGAAGAAACCAAACUCGUAGAGGCUUUAGUAAUUAUGGUGAAUACAGGAGGAUUUAGAGCAGAUCAAGGCUUCAAGUCUGGAUAUUUAACUCACCUUGAACAUUUAUUAAAAAAAUCAAUGCCAAAUUCUGGUAUUUUAGAUGAUCAAGUUUGGGAAUCAUAUCUUCAGGUUCAUAAAGGGGCAUCAAAAUGGAGAAACAAAACAUUCCCUUACUAUGAAAAACUGUGUGUAGUUUUUGGAAAAGAUCGGGUUGAAGGAAAUACAGUUAGAGAUUUAGUUGAAAUGGAAGAGGAGGCAAACAUAGAAGAACAAACACAACAUUUGGACACUAUGGGGAAAAUAGCAAAUACAAUUAAUAAAGAUAUUGAAAGAGAAGAGGAACUUGAUAAGAAACGUUGUAUGAUUACUUGUGAGAUUUCGAAAAUGGAGUCGUUGAUUCGAUCGGAAAAGUUUAAAGCAAUUACGAAAAUACGAGAGGAGGAUGAAAGGGUGAAUAUUUUUUGGGAUUUGCAAGAAACGGAAAGAGAGGAUUAUGUGAAAUGGGUUUUGGAAGAAUGAAGGGAAUUGGUGAUUAAAUAUGUAAUUAAACAUUGUUGAUUUAGGUUAUUGGUUAGUUUACAAAUUAUAAUUGAGGAAGUGGGAUUUGUAAGUAUUUGUUCAUAGUAUAUACUUAGUUUUAUUUUGUGUCUAGUAUUCAUUCAUUUGUGAACUGAUCUAUGAUUCUGUUGUAGCAUUGAUGGCUGAAUAACAUGAUACCUUCAUACUAUGAUUCAAACUAGAUGGGAAUUAGAUGUGUG